AAACAAUUAUAGUUUGGAUCAUUGCUGAUAGUGCAGCUGAGUUAUAUGAGAAAUUUAAUCCGUACUUAAACAAAACAUCCUUGUACAGAAAAAACUCCUUUGAAGUGUAUUUGCCAUUUGAUACUUCAUUAGACGGUCAUGUCUGGUUAAGUAUUUUUCCUGUCAUUCCUAGAACUUUACUACUGCAAAUGUUUAUAACCAUUGAUACCGCUUUAACUGGUUCUCUUAUUCAUUUAAUUAGCCAAACAAUGAUUGUAAAUGAAGCAUUCAAAUACGUAGAUAAAGAUAUUGAUGAAAAUCAAACAAUAAGAAAUAUUUUCCUUAUUAAAGAAAUUCGAUUAGUUAAAUGUGUAAACGAAUUGCAAAGGAUAUACAGAGGAUUUGAAAUAUUAGAAGAAAUGUGCUCGUGGCAAAUUUUAAUACAGUGUGGAUUGGCCACGUUGUUAUUGUGUUGUUUAACUUAUAUCAUACCUCUGGUAAGUACAAGUCUGAAAAACGCUAACUUUUAG